UUAUGCAAAUCAAAAAUUAUAAUAAUAUUUUAUUAUUUUAAGUUUUUGUAUAGUAAUAUAAAUCUUUAAAAUAUGUCGGAAAUUCGUAAAAGAACAAUUGGAGAUAUAUCAGCAGAAACGCGGGAUGUCAGUGAUGAUCAGAAAGAAGAUGUGGAAUCUGAAGAUGAUGCAAAAUUGGAAGUUGAAGAAUUGGCUAAAACUUUACCACAAGGAACAAAUCAUACUCCACAUAUUUUGGAUUCAAUUCUUUCAGGCUUAUCUGAUCGCUGGAAGAAUUGGGUAAUUAGAAGUAUUUUUACCUUGUUUAUGAUUGCUGGUUUUUGUGGUAUUAUUUAUAUUGGACCAUUAGCUUUGAUGGCUACAACAUUAAUUGUACAAGUAAAGUGUUUUCAAGAAAUCAUUAAUAUUGGAUAUGCAGUUUACAGAAUUCAUGGUUUACCAUGGUUCAGAUCUCUAUCAUGGUAUUUUCUGAUUACUUCCAAUUAUUUCUUUUAUGGAGAAAAUUUAAUGGAUUAUUUUGCUGUAGUAAUUAAUCGUACAGAAUAUCUACGUGUACUUGUUACAUAUCAUCGUUUUAUUUCAUUUUGUCUGUACAUUGUUGGUUUUGUAUGGUUUGUAUUGUCACUUGUAAAAAAAUAUUAUAUGAAACAAUUUUCUCUAUUUGCUUGGACUCAUGUUGCUCUACUUAUUGUUGUGACACAAAGUUAUCUUAUAAUUAAAAAUAUUUUUGAAGGCUUGAUCUGGUUCAUUGUUCCAGUUAGUAUGAUAGUGAUAAAUGAUGUAAUGGCAUAUAUGUUUGGUUUCUUUUUUGGUAAAACACCUUUAAUUAAAUUAUCACCAAAAAAAACUUGGGAAGGUUUUAUAGGUGGUGGUAUUUCAACAGUUUUGCUUGGCUUAUUGAUUUCAUAUAUUAUGUGUCAGUAUCGUUACUUUGUUUGUCCUAUUGAAUAUAGUGAAACUUUGGGACGAAUGACUAUGGAUUGUGAACCAUCUAUUUUAUUUCAACCUCAAGAAUAUACUUUGCCUAAUAGUUUACAAGUUGUAUUUAAAAUGUUUAGUGGAAAAUCGACCAUAACUUUAUAUCCAUUUUUACUUCAUUCAUUAUCAAUGUCAGUAUUUAGUUCUGUAAUUGGACCAUUUGGAGGUUUCUUUGCUAGUGGUUUUAAGAGAGCAUUUAAAAUUAAGGACUUUGGAGAUGUUAUUCCUGGUCAUGGAGGAAUAAUGGAUAGAUUUGACUGUCAAUAUUUAAUGGCAACAUUCGUAAAUGUCUAUAUUUCUUCAUUUAUUCAAACUGCUUCACCUCAAAAACUUUUGCAACAGGUUUAUAGCUUAAAACCAGAACAGCAAUUACAAUUGUUUCAAACAUUAAAGGAUUCACUAGAAAACAGAGGUUUGUUAAAUAUUUAUUGAUGUUCUAAUAUUAAUGAUGAUUAUUAAUAAUUAAUGGAAUUACUUUAAAAUAGCAGAAAGUGUUAGAAAUAUUAUUUCUAACAUUUAUUUGAUGUGCAAUGUAUGUUUAUACAAUAGCAUUAACAAUAUUAAAUAUAUAUAAACAACAUAUAGUAAUAUUAAUUAUAAAGUAUAUUAAAUUAUGAUGAUAAAGUUUAUUUUAUAACUAGAAAUUAAGAAACAUUAAACAUUUGUAGUUUUUUUGCAUUCCACACCAAACAGUCCAUUUUUUACCAAAAAUUUUUAUUAAACUGUGAUGAUGAUAAAAAUUUAACUACAUAUUUUUUUUAAAAUAAUAAAACCAAAGAAUAUCAUGCAUACAUUGUAUUUUAAAAAACUUCCAGUUUGUUAUAAAUAUUUGAAAAAUUUAUCAAAUAUUUUUUUAAUAUUUUUCUUCUACUAAAUUAUAAGAUAAUAAUGGAUUUAUUCAAAUUUAAAUAUAUAUUAAAUCAAUCAAAGAUCUCAUUAUACUUAUAUAUUUUUAAAUCUAUUUUUAAAUCUUAUGCAUUUAAUUAUUCUAUUAAUAUAUUUAAAUUGUUUUCAUAAAUAUUAUUUCAUCCAUACAAUGUGAGAUUAUUUUGAAUUUAAUAUUAAUUAUUUGAAUUUUCAAAUGUAUUAUUUUUCAUGUAAAAAUAUUUCUUUAAAUUGUUACUGACUAUAUAUGUAUUAAUCUGUUUAUAAUUAAUAUAUAUUGAUUAUUUGAUAAUAAAUCAUAAUAAAUUUUAAUAUUUUUAUUGUAAUCAGUGCCAUGUUAUUGUCAUGUCAUUUGCAUUUUGAAAAAUAUAAAUAUUUGUGACUUUUUAAUAUUAAUUAAGCAUUUUCUUUGAAGAAUAUAAUUCAAAAAAAAUAUAAUGUAUUAUUGUAUUUCAUUAUCAGAUUGUUUGACAUUUUCAUUAUUGAAUAAUUAUUAAAUAUCAUGGUACUGAACUUAAAUAAAACUAUUUUAAUUAUAUUCAAAAAUAAAAGAUAAACAAAGAACUUUUGUUUAUCUUUAAUUUUAUUAUAAAUAAAAAUUAAAUGGAAAUGUAAUUGUUUUUCACAAUAAAUAUUUUUUUAUUAUUUUUCUUAAAUACUUUUUUCAUGAAUAAUAAUAUAUAAAUAGAAUGUAAUUAUAAAAUUUUGAUUUAGUUAAAAUAUAUAUAUUUUACAAAAUAUUAUGUUUAAAUUAAAAUUAUUUUAUAGUAUAAUCAAAAUUGUGCCAAUUGUUUGUAGAAAUAAGUAAUUUAUAUUUAUACAUGAAAAAUAUUAAUAUGGCACAACUAGUAACAUUAUAAUAUUAUAUAUAUAAUAUGAUUACAUUACAUUUCCAAUUGAAAGCUUAUAUUUUACAUGAUUAAUUUACAUAUAUUACAUAAUUUAUAUACUUUAUAAAAAAAUUAUACAAUGUACCUAACUCUAAUUAAAUACUUAUACUUUCUUUUAUUGUUAAAUGUUAUUUAUAUAUUGUUUCAAUAUUGGGAGAUAUAAUGUUAAAGAAAUUUAUGUAUAAAAAAUAAAAAUAAACAUAAAUGCAAAUAUAUUUAUUUAACAGAGAGAUAAGAGAUAAUAAGAUAAUAAGAUAAGUAUAUAUAGAUGAAAAAAAUUUUAUAAUAGAAAUAAUAGAUAUAUAUGUUAUUGUAACUAUAAAUUCUUAAUUGAAAAUGACUUAAGUUUAAAUAUAUAAUAUAUAUAUAUAUAUAUAUAUAUGAGAAAAUAAACUUCUUGAAAAUGUUA